CUUACCUCAAAACCAACUCUUCCUUGACCUUGAAGGUUAAGUGCUUUGAUAUUUAUCUUCCAGGAUCUAUGUUCCAUAGCUGCUAUUACGAUCUUUUAAAAAAUCCUCUCUUAUAAUUUUUUUCUCAUUUAAUUAAUUUUUUUUAAAUGUCCAUUGUUCAUAUUUUUCUUCCCGUUUCCCUCGUCAUUUUCUUAGCCAUUUUUUCUUCCGCUCAUCACGACCAUGAAAAAUCAACUCCAUCUCAAAUGUACCAUGCAUGUCAGGCCACCCGCUUCCCGGAACUCUGUGAAACCUCCCUAACACAAUUAUCCCACCUCCCUCCCAACACAACCUCCCUUCAAAUCAUCCAAUCCACCAUUUCUGUCUCUGACCACAACCUCAAAACUGGACAAUCCAUGGUAAAAUCCGUCCUUGACACCUCCAAGGGAAACCUUAACCGCACCAAUAUCGCCACCAUCUGUUUGGAUAUCCUUUCUUACUCAAGCUACCGCAUCAAAUCAGCCCAUUAUGCGUUAACACAUGGGAAUAUAAAAGAUGCCCGUGCAUGGAUGAGCGCGGCUCUUGGCUACCAACAAAAUUGUUGGGGGGCGCUCAAGUACGUAAAUGACACCAAAUUGGUUGUUGACACCAUGUUGUUUUUGGAUUCUCUAGUACAUCAUAGCAGCAACGCAUUAAGCAUGAUGGUGGCCUAUGAUAAUUACGGAGAGGACACCACCGUAUGGACCCCGCCCAAAACAGAACGGGACGGGUUUUAUGAGAAGGGGUCGGGUGGGAAGUUGGAGUUGAGAUUUAAUGGAGGUUUCCCGUCAAAUUUGAAGGUGGAUGUAACGGUGUGUAAAAACCAUAGAAAGUGUUACAAGACGGUGCAAGAGGCCGUAGAUGCUGCACCUAAAAACAAAAAGGGGAGGGAUCAAUAUGUGAUAAAAAUAAGGAAAGGGGUGUACGAAGAAACGGUUAGGGUCCCGUUUGAGAAGAAAAAUGUGGUGUUUUUGGGGGAAGGGAUGGGCAAAACCAUUAUUACCGGCGCUUUAAAUGUUCACCAGCCUGGAAUGAAUACUUAUAAUUCUGCUACAGUCGGAGUACUUGGGGAUGGUUUUAUGGCGAGCGGGCUGACAAUCAGGAACACAGCAGGCUCCGAUGCCCACCAAGCAGUGGCUUUCAGAUCAGACAGCGACCAUUCCGUCAUUGAGAACUGUGAAUUCCUAGGCAAUCAAGAUACUCUGUACGCUCAGUCACUCCGUCAAUUCUAUAAAAACUGCCGCAUCCAGGGCAACGUCGACUUCAUCUUCGGAAACUCCGCAUCAGUGUUCCAGGACUGUGAAAUAUUGGUCGGUCCUCGACAGACAAAUCCAGAAAGCAGUGAGAACAAUGCCGUGACGGCCCAUGGCAGAACUGAUCCGGCUCAAUCAACUGGCCUCGUCUUCCAUAACUGCGUAAUCAAUGGAACUGAAGAGUACAUGAGAUACUACAAGAAGAAUCCGGAAGUGCACAAGAAUUACUUGGGAAGGCCAUGGAAGGAAUAUUCAAGGACGAUUUUUAUAAACUGUAAAUUGGAGAAGAUUAUCAGUCCAGAUGGAUGGAUGCCAUGGAGUGGCGACGUUGGGCUGAAAACAGUUUUCUAUGGAGAGUUUAGGAAUUCGGGACCAGGAUCUGAUGUGUCCAAGAGAGUUCCAUGGAGUACCCAAAUUCCAUCGCAGAACGUACCUACGUAUUCGGUUCAGAAUUUCAUCCAAGGAGAUCAAUGGAUCCCUAAAUCUCAUUGAUUUUUUUCACCUUCUUUUUCAUAUUACCUGGAUUCCUUAAUUAUAAUGUACUUCAGCAUUUAUAAUUUAUAUAAUUUUUAUUAAUA